CAUCUUGCUCCUGGUCCCUUACCCAAGAUACGGCACCUAGUUAGCCAAUUUCAUUGACUUGCCGAGCAGGGGCGGCGACCUUCUUCACCCAUGGGACGCCAUGCCGCGGUAUCUCGCUCCUGCCAGGAUCGGCCUGCUGGCUCUCGUUGAACUGUACGCUGAAGGGGCCGUUCCGAACGAUGCCAUCAUUCCGGUGAUCGACUUCAUUACAACUCAUCUCCUGGACUGCAGCCUGAUCAAUCCAUCCGCGGGCCUCGCCGAGCGAUGGAAGAAGGCAGACAGCACGAUCAAACUGAUCGCGUCUGUCCACCACUUCGAGGAGUUGCUGGGCGGCUAUCCCGCCGCUGAUCGUCUGCCCGGCCGCCGCCUCUGGGACAGGUUCCUGGAGAAGCUCUGGGGGAUCGACUCGCUGCACAGCUUGCACGAGUUCUUUGACCAGUUACCGAACCUCCUGCAGAGGACGAAAGCCGAGCUGAGGGAGCUCGCGGCGCGGGGCGAGGAGCCUCCGUCCGGCGUGCUCUUCUCGCGCAACUCCCCAUUCGGCGUCUUCCUCAGGAGGUCGUACCUGGAGUUCUCGAGGAUGCAGUUCAGCCAGGCGGCUGAGCUCUGGAAGGUGUUCGUCAAGUACCGCCAGCCUACCGCGGCAUACUGGAGACGCCGCAACCCCCACUACAGCCGGCUCAGCUUUGACUCGGUGCUCUUGGCCGGCGAGCACGAAUGGGGCGAUCAAACGGACGAGAUUGCCGUGGCAGCGUACGGAAACAUGCUGCUUAUGGACGACGAAGAUGCUACGGUGCCUGUUAGCACCGACGAAAUAGAGAGCCUGCUUGAAUUCCAGAUUGAGCAGGUGCAGAAGUACGGAGUCAGGGUGCCGACAGAGAUCAGGGAGCAAUUUCAGACGCUGCUGAAGAGCAGUCGUACUGUCCCAAGCCUGUCGCAUUACCUCAGCUUUUCAGAUUCGUGGCGAGCUGGGGACCUCCCAGCGUCUUUCGAUUACCUCCACAGAUACUUCGACUACACCAUGCAGAGCCGGGAUCGAUUGUUCUACCAAUACGCCUUGCUCAACCUCGGCAUUGUGCAGUCGGACUUUGGCUGCCAUAGAGAGGCCGUGGCAACCAUGCUGGAAGCGAUCACAACAGCCAAAGAAAACAGAGAUACGACAUGCCUCAAUUUCGCUCUGAAUUGGUUCUUUCACUUUGGCAGAGCUCACCCUAACCUUGUCAGAGAGCUCCAAGACAGCAGCAUGCUUGGCACCGGUAAGGAGUCGCUCGUGUUCCUCCGGGCCAAAGCGAAGGAGACGGGCAUGUGGAUACUCUGGAGCUCGGCGCUCUUGAGCGAGGCCAAGCUUGGGCUCGCAAACGGCGAGAGUGUCUCGGCUUCCAUGGAAAGCAUGGUGCGAAGUUCCCAGCUCAUUGUGGAGAAGAAUGUGAAGACGAUGAUCGGCCCUCAGCUCUCGUUGGUCAUCGCUCUGUGGGAUAGGCUCGGUCUCGGUGUUCUUUCGACCAUGGUCUGCGACGUGUUUCUCCGCUGUCACGGGCGCAGCGCGGUCCUUGACGAUCGGCUGAAGCUCACCUGCCGGAUGGCCGGCUUACUGGCUGCGAAAGGGAAGUACGGGGAUGCGUUUGCGAAGCUGGACACCAUCGACCCGAGCAUGCUCCGCUCCGCAAAACCUGAUCAAUACUGGCACCUCUACCGUGGCAUUCUCAAACUGCGCCGCGAUCUCCAUCACAAUAACCUCGAAUCCGCUGAGAAUCUACUCUACCAGCUCCUCCAGAGCGGCCCGGAGGAUAUCGACCCCGAUCUGGUCUUCAUCAUUGACUCGUUACAUAUCGAGGCACUCACCCGGCGUCAGGACUUCAACGCUGCCUUCAGCAAGAUCGAAAAGCUCAUGUCCCAACUCCGGGAGGAAAACAGGGACGUGUCUCUUCGCAUCCGUCUACUGCUCGCCAAAGUCCACCUCUUUGACUGCAUCGGCCGGCCAGAGAAAGGUUUUACCCUUGCCAUGCGCGCAGCAGGCAUGGCGUGGCGCGCCCGUCUCGUCGCGUUGCUGUGGCAAGCAAUCGGCGCGGUAGCCAACAUUCUCAACGCGCUCGGCGAGUUCGCGGCCGCUGAGCAGCUUCUCGUCGCUGUCUUGCCCCGCAGCCUCGAGACGGAUGCGACCUACACAAACGGGGUGUUGUACAGCUUGCUGGCAGACGCGCGGAUAGGCCUGGCGGGAGAAGUGCAGGGCCGCGGCAGGGCGACCGAACGGGCCGAGAUGCUGGCUAAAGCCCUCAAGGCGCUCGACGCCGGGUACCAGUGCUUUUCGGCGGUGGAGGAUGUCAACAAGAGAUGCGAGAUGAUGGCGAAGAAAGCGACGGUUCUUAGGGCCGAGGGGGACCAUGUGCGAGCUGCUGAGUGUAUUGAUACGUAUCUGAGGUUAUGGGAGGAGGAGAUGGCAAGGAGAUAAUGCGGGACAGGAGAAUUAGCACGAGGCCAAGGGAAGAGAUGAAGGCAGGAACACCGAUGACAGCUUCUGAUAUUUGCGCUGGCGACUGUAUUGGUGUCGGUAAAAAGUGGCUGCCGAUUCGGGUAUCCCAAAUUUUAUGCCCGGCAAUG